ACUGUGUGUUGUCUCUUUAGUCCUCUCUUCUUCUUUUAUUUUAAUAAUCUUUAAUUGGUUUCUUUAGUUUUCUUGAUCUGAGAACUGAGAAGAAUGGCUCUGAACAGUGUGUCCUCUGAAGAGUUUAGCUUCCCGUCGCUUGCUUCUCAUGAUUCUUCUUCUCACCGUUCCGGUCUCGAUUCACCUCCUCUGUGGAAACACUCACCGGUUCAUUCUUCCCGCCGGAAAGAUUACGACUUUGAAUUCGCGAGGUUAGUCAUCGGAAAAGAGGGUGAUCUCCACGAUCAGGCGAAGAGCUUCUCGUACGUGGAGAUGAGAAGACGUUGGAGCGAGGACAAAGCAGAGGACAAAAUGGAUAUGUUAUGGGAAGAUCUCAACGAAGAUUUGCCUCCUAGAAGCCAGAGUCUGAGGAUUGAAACCGGCGGCGACGGUGGAGAGAAGAAAACUUCUUUCUUUACCGAUGAGAAUUCCGCCGUGGCCGUGGGGUGCGGGACGGGGAUGAAGUUGUCGAAGAAUACACCAAAGAAGAAGAAGAAGAAUCUGAACGUUUUGGUGUUGAUGAGGGUUUUGAAGAAGCUUAUUGUUUUGAGAAGUUCGUCUCAUAGAUCGCCGGUGAAAACUCAUCCACGGUGAUCGCGAUCUCCACCGUGAUAAUUGUGAAUCAGAGGAUUGGGGCUAUUUUGUAGAAUUCAUAAGUUACGGGGCUUUUUUCUUGUGGAGAAAAAAUGUAACUGUCUGAAAAUGAUUUGUUUGUAGUUUUUGGGUGGUUCACAACCAUUAAUUUUUAGAGUCCUAAAUUUUUUAAUAACACAUUCUAUAGCCUUUCUUGGGUUCUUCUAUCUUC